CAAUCGCAGUUAGAUGAACCAUCAAAUUGUUAGUCAUGGAAUCUUCUCCGCCGAGAAGAACUUUACGAAGUUCUAAACGAUUAUCACUUUCACUAACCCGUAAGAAAGGGAAAACGGAGGAAAAUUGUUCAAGGAAUGUAUCGACAACACAGCCAAGUGUAAUGCCGCCUAAAUGUGUGUACACCCCGGAUGUGUCUGACAGGAUCGAACAAGUAGUAGCGGUGAACGAGAACCGAAAAAAUGCUUUAAACUCGGAGCCGAUAAGCACAGAAAUCGGCAUUGCCGGUAUGAGUGGCAUUACUGUUAGGAGAAAUCUGUGUUCGCCCGAAACUAUCAUUAUACUCAGUGAAGACGAAAAUGAUGGGGAAACACCAUCGAAGAGGUCGAUCAGGAAGUAUUUUACACCAACUAAACAAUCAAGCUACAUUUCGGAUGCCACCGCUAGCUGGACAACGGGAGGCAAAAAGAGCAGUGCUGCUCAAUCAUCGGUGAAAAAACAUGGUCCACAAACCCUACCCAGAAAAGACGUUGGCAAAGUACGGCGCAAGAUUUGUCCUAGUACCAACAUUAAGAUGCUUACGAAGAAAUACUUUGAUGAUUCGCAAAAACGGAUAACAAACUUCUUCAAUAAAGAGGAAGAUCCGGAUCGAAUUGGGUAUUGCCGGGUGCUGAAAGAAUCGGUCAUGCCAGCGAUCAUUACCGGCGAUAUGGAUAUCGAGCAGAUGCUAAGUGUGUCGGUGGAUGAAGGUACAGAGCGGUUGAGUUUCUCGCAACAUGCGUCGGAAUUCGCUUUACCAGAUCCGGCUACAGCAGUGAAUCCAUCUCAAAUUAUGGAACGCAUUGAACGUAUGCAAAGUGCAUGCUACGAUCCCGAACGAGAAGACUGGAAUAUGGAACGUGUGGCAUUUCCGGUUGAAGUAUCGACUGCUUCAAACAACAACAAUGAAUUUGAUAGCUGCAAAGUCAGCAUAAAGAAGACUGAACCAUCAACAACACAGAGCAAAACGACUCAAAAGAAUAAUCGACUUAGCUUUAUUCCACAAACACCAAACAACAAAAUAACGCCGGCAUCAAAAGCUUCCCGUAGUAAGGGGUCUACCACUGGUGGUCGAAGUAAGAGUGGCAAAAAGAUCAUUUGUCCUUCGUACAAAAUCAUAGCGGGCACCAAUUUUGCCGUCGAUGCGUUCCGUUACGGUGAUAUUGAGGGUGUAACGCACUACUUCCUAACGCAUUUCCAUGCAGACCACUAUAUUGGACUGAAGAAAACAUUUUCCAAACCACUCAUAAUGUCUUCGAUAACGGCAAGACUUGUGAAGACGUUUAUUAAUGUCGGCGAAGAAUUCUAUCGCGUGAUCGAAUUGCAUCAGUCAAUUACUAUUGAUAACGUAGAGAUAAUAGCGCUAGAUGCUAAUCACUGCCCGGGUGGCGUUAUGUUUCUGUUCCGCUUACCAAAUGGAUGCAAUAUACUUCAUACGGGAGAUUUCCGUGCAUCGCCGGAGAUGGAAGAGUAUCCGGAGUUUUGGAACUUUCCAAUCGACUGCAUCUAUCUCGACACAACGUACCUUUCGUCCAAGUACGCAUUCAAAUCACAGUGGGAAAGCGUGGCCGAUGCCCGUGAAGCUGUAUCAACGUUCUUGAAGAAGAACAUCGGUGUGAAGGUGCUAAUCGUUUGCGGCAGUUAUCUGAUAGGCAAGGAGAAGGUUUGGCUCGAGUUGGCUAUGGCGAGUGGUAUGAAAGUAUGGACGGAACCGAACCGUUGGAAAGCGUUGACCGCAAUAGCGGAUCCGCAACAUCUGUCGCUGCUUGUUGCUGAUCCGGUACAGGCAAAUAUACACGUGUUGGCUAUGAAAAAACUUUCGUACGAUGAAUUGAACGAAUACAUGAACCAGUUUCCAGACCGAUACGAUACCGUCAUUGCUAUACGGCCCAGUGGAUGGGAGAAAAAUAGCAAACCGCAGUACCGAGGGCGAAUCAACAUAGUGGGUAUAGAAUAUUCGGAACAUUCGAGCUUCGAUGAGCUGAAACGCUUUGUACAGUUUAUAAGACCGCGCGAGGUAAUUAGCACAGUGCCAUAUGGAAAUUCUAAUCAAAAUCGAACGCCAACAGUGCCUGCCUCAUGGUAUCAGGGAGAUGUCCGGCCGCAGCGAAAGGCUUUGCAGCUCUCUAUAACGAAUUUUAUCACACCCGUCAAGGGUGCUGAUGUAAUUAUGCCAAAUGAACCAUCCUCUUUUCUAAAAACUCGCUCGUUAUCGGUUCGGAAGAAAUCAGGUGAGGGAAAUGAUGGCAGCACCGCACAAAGUACGGGUGAUGUGAUAAUAGUAGAUGAUGAGAACGGUGAUGUAGAUAUGAAAUCCGAUCACAAAUCAGAAAAUGGAGAACUAAGCUACGACAGUGAUUGGUUACCAUAA